AUGGUUACGGUGUUUGGCAUGUCGGAAAUCGGACCCUGGGCCCUUAUGGACCCAUCUGCGUCGGGCGGAGACAUGAUCAUGAGGAUGAUGGCGAGGAACUCCAUGUCGGAGAAGUUGGCAGAGGAUAUCGACAAAGCGGUGAAGGCGAUCGCCGACAACGCGUACGAAAUAGCAUUGCGACAUAUCAGGAACAACAGAGAAGCAAUCGAUCAAAUCGUCGAAGUCCUGCUGGAGAAGGAGACCAUGACAGGCGAUGAGUUCCGGGCAAUCCUGGCAGAGUUCACAGAGAUCCCGAAGGAAAACCAAAUGCCACAGGCAACCGUGUCCAUCUAAGUAAAAUAUAAAAUG